ACAGUUGAAUAGUCGAGCUUUUAAUUUGAAACAAAACCCAACCCAAAACAAAAACGGGAAACAACCCGGAAGUUGUAAAUGUUGAGUGCUUAGGUGACCCUCAGCGGUGAGAAAACAUGGGAGUGAAAAUAGAAAUAUUUCGGAUGAUGGUGUAUCUGUCCUUUCCGGUGGCCAUGUUUUGGAUUUCCAACCAGGCAGAAUACUUCGAGGAGUACAUUGUGAAGAGAAAGAGAGAGAUUUUUCCACCAGAUGAGAAAAUGCAGAGGAAAGAGCUCGAGGAGUUUAAGGAGCGCAUGAGAAUCAGGAAAGAGCAGAAGAUGCUGAAACAGUUGGCCAUGGAGACCGAAGACUGAUCACGAGAGAAGGACCGAACGUCUCAGUUUCGCUGAUCUAAAGACCAAAGCGAUGCUCCAGAGAGAGAGAGUGAGAGAGAGAGACAGACUGUGUCGAGGGUUAAACGUGCUGAGGCAUGUACAUGGAGUGUAUUUUGUGAAAAGACAGAGGAAAUGUACAGUUUUGUAAAUAUAAGUGCAUUCAUAAUAUUGAAUCAGUGCAAAUUCUGAGGUUUGAACAUCAGAACAUUCAGCAUUUUAAGACUCUGUCCUGUUUGCUGGGUAAUGGGUUAUUUAUUUUUUAAAAUAAAAAAUACAUUGAUUUUUUUCCUUCUUAACAUCUUUGCACCAUGUUCAUUUUCAUUCAUGUGUGUUCACUUACUGUAUAAUGAAUUGGAUAAAAGCUUCAGAGAAUAUCUGACCUGGAGUUUGUAGAUUUGUAGCUAAGAGCUGCUGCUGUAAUCAUAAAGACUCUCCUGUGCUCAUCCCAGGAUUCACAGUCUGCUCAUCUUUUCAACACACUCAGUACUUUUUGUCUUUACUCUUCUGUACUUGUACAGUGUAAUGAUUUAUAAUCACUCUAUCCGCGGUCAUGGAGAAGAGGAUGAGUUCCCUUUCGAGUCUGGAUCCUCUCCAGGUUUUCUCUUCGUGUCAUCAUCAUUGCCACACUCACCUCGGUUUUGUUCAUUAGAGAUUUAACCUACAUCCACAAUUCUAUAAAGCUGCUUUAUGAGAAUUUCUAUUCUUAAGACUGCUGUACAAAUAAAAUGGAAAUGUAUUUAUACAGGUUUGUAUGUGACUGUGCAGAAUGAACCAAGCUCCAAUGCAGUUUCCCGACUAUGUAUAAAUAUCUGAAGUGAAUUUAAAUUCAAAGAAUGUGGAGACGCAUAAAGGAUUGAUAACCAUAAGAUCCUGGAUAUUAAGGCUGUUUUUUUUGUGCUACAGUGGACUAUGGUAGCUAAAAAGGACAAAAAAUAAAUAAAAUUAGAAAGUGUGUAGUCAGUGUAUGCUAGUGCACUGACAUAUAGACGUGUUACUAGAUCACUGUUUCUCAGAUAGAGUACGCACAUCCUGGGGUAUCUGGAGAUACUACAGUAUGUUCAUUAACUUUAUUCUGAUGAUAUUCAGAUUAUUACUGUUUACCACAGCACCAUUAAUAAUAAUAAUAAUAAUAAUAAUAAUAAUGAUAGUAAUAAUAAUAAUAAAUCUCUAAAGCAAGAUCUUGAUUAAUAAUAAAAAAUGAAUAAAAUUGACAUACUUUAAUGAAACAAUACUACUACUGCUAAUAAUAAAACUCUACUACUAAUAAUAAAAUUGUAUUUUAUUUUAUUUUAUUUUAUUUUGUUAUUUUAUUUUAUUUUAUUUUAUUGUAUUUUAUUUUACUUUUUCUAUUACUUGUCUUGUUAUGUUGGUUUCUCACACCAUGAGUCUGGGGGAAACGAAAUUUCACUCCUCUGUGUGCCCUGUACAUAUAGCAGAAUUGACAAUAAAGUUGACUUUGACUUUGA